UGUAAAUUUAUUCCGCAAGACACUACUUUUGGAAUUUAGUCUGGGGCAUAUUACACCGAGCAAGUGGCUGCCUUAAAACAUUUCGACAAAUCUUUUGCAAAAGGAUUCGAUACGAUUACACGAUUCGUAUUAUUGGCCUUAAGAGCUUACAAAUAAACGCUCUUUAUAGCUUGGAAGCCAUCAUUGGCAUAUUCGGGGAGCACGCAUAUUUUAAUACGUAAAUUAAUAAGUUAUUUUACUUGGAUCUUUGAUUGGCCUAGAUUUCCUAAAUCACAAAACUUAUGAAGAGUAGAAGAAUACUUUUCUUAUGACUUAAAAAGACCACAUACAUUGUGAACCUAAUCACUUGUGUAGGUGAUAAUUGGAACAUUAUGUGGAACGGAACGUAACACAAAUUGUAAAAUAUAAACAUGUCAAAUCAGAUAUUUUAGGUUAUGUCCGAAUCUCCAAGGCAUGUUGAUUUACGAGAUUAAAUAAAUAUGUUACUUUGUGUAAACAAAUAAUGGAAGGUAGUAGUGAAGCAACGACAUUGCAGAAGAAAAAGAAUACAGUCAGCAAAGGUAAAAUAAAGAAAAGUCUUAAGAAUGUCCUUUGUCGCCCGGAUCAACUGUUUUGGCCCGAGAUAACAGAAAAUGAAGGAAAGAGAAUAGAAUCAGUUCUAAAGAACCAUAGUAUUGUCAUUCCAGUAUUUCAGAAACCACACUGGAAAGAAAUAAAAAAUGUUCCAAAAGAAAAGCGACCAAAACCACCAAAGUUAAAAAAAAAUGAAGGCUUGUUGCUUGGAAUCAGAGAAUGUACCGACUCAAUACAAAAUGGAAGCUGUUCUGGAAUUGUUCUUGAAGCUAAACUCAAUCCAAGAUUAAUUGUCCACCCUUUACUAGAUUUGUGUAUUAAUAGACAAGUACCAUAUGUUUGCUUGCCUGACCUUAAGAAAAUCAGUGCAACCUAUUUUGGUGUCCCUACAAGUUGUUUGGGCAUAAAAAGUGACCAUUUACUUGAUGUUAAAAAUGAAAUAGUUAAAAUAGCCAACAACUAUCCCCAACCAAAACCGACUGUUGAAAUAAAACAAGUGAAUAAAGCAGAAAAAAUUGAAUUGAACAAGAUGGACAUUACAGAAAAUACUACUUUUACAUUCCUAUUCAGAAAGAGGAAAAACAAAAGAGUAUUUGUUCCGUCUAGUCAAGAUAAAGAAGAAAAUGCAACAAAGAAGUUUAUAGGACAAGACUUCAUAGAAUUCUCAGGAAAAGAAGAGGAAAGAAGUAGAACCUACAUGAAAAUGAUAGUUAAGAGGAUAACAAAUAAUCCAGCAAGGGUUAAAAAGAAAUAAACCAUUUAUUAUAAGAGA